UAGGAGGAAGGAGACGCCAUUAGAGGGAGGCGGAGAGCGGGCGCUCCUAACCUCUCCCCAGGUUCCUGACGUGGUGCCCGGGGCCCAUCACUAUCGGACUUUCCCCUCGGCGCUUCCAGGCCUCGCCCGGAGGCGGCAGUGGGGACGGCGCCCGGGGCGGGGGGCGCCGGUGCGGAGUGGCUGCGCGGGCCGCGGCUGUGAAGGUGCCGCGGCUGUGGGGACCUCGGCGCGGCGCUAGGGCUCGGGCGGCGGGGACGCGACGGGAUGGCUGCGGCCGGCGGCGGCGGGGCGGCGGCGGGCCGAGCCUACUCCUUCAAGGUGGUGCUGCUGGGGGAAGGCUGCGUGGGGAAGACGUCGCUGGUGCUGCGCUACUGCGAGAACAAGUUCAACGACAAGCACAUCACCACCCUGCAGGCAUCAUUCUUAACAAAGAAGUUAAAUAUUGGUGGGAAGAGAGUAAAUCUUGCUAUAUGGGAUACAGCAGGUCAAGAGAGAUUCCACGCAUUGGGUCCAAUUUACUACAGAGAUUCAAAUGGAGCUAUUUUAGUUUAUGAUAUAACAGAUGAAGAUUCUUUCCAGAAGGUUAAAAACUGGGUGAAAGAAUUACGGAAAAUGUUGGGAAAUGAGAUCUGUUUAUGUAUAGUAGGUAAUAAAGUAGACUUGGAGAAGGAGAGACAUGUUUCCAUUCAAGAAGCAGAAUCGUAUGCAGAAUCUGUGGGAGCAAAACAUUAUCACACUUCAGCCAAACAGAACAAAGGAAUUGAGGAACUCUUUCUUGACCUUUGUAAAAGAAUGAUAGAAACUGCACAAAUGGAUGAGAGGGCAAAAGGCAAUGGCUCCAGUCAGCCGGGAGCUGCAAGGCGAGGUGUUCAGAUCAUUGAUGAUGAACCUCAAGCCCAGAGCGUUGGCGGAGGGUGCUGUUCUUCUGGAUAACUGUUCACCCCUAAGAAAGUAAAAAAAAAACAAACUGUGGAUCAUUGCCCUCAACAUGAAGACUGCCAUAUUCCAAGUCACAUUAUUUUACCGAUGGAGUUACAGAAUUAACAGUAUUUUAAAUUACGUUUAUAACUGCAGAGACCUUAAGUGCUAAACCUAGUGGAGUUUGUGACCAGAGAAUUGGCAUUUUCUACAAAUGUUAACAAAGCAAUUACCAAUGGCCUUUUUACAUAUUUUUUUCUUUAAUAAGAAAUAAUAUGCAUGUAGAAAAGACCUACUUAAAGGCUUCAUUUAUAUUCUUUUAAAUCAAAUCUUUAUUUAAUAACUUAUAUAUGUUGUUGGAAUGGUAUACAUUUUUGCAGUCCUUUGUAUUUUGUGGUAGUUUGAAUUGUAUCCCUUCUAAAUGGCAAAAUGUCUUUUGUUUUCUUCUUCUUUUUUUUUAAUUAGCAGAUACCUGAAGUACUAUUUUUGCAGGGUUUGCACAGGCCCCUAACUGUCUACUACACUUUGAUAUAAUCUAUAUACAUCCUGUAUGCUGAGCUGGUAAAAUACAAUGUAAAUUACAUAUUAAAUAUUUUAUCUGCUUUUACAAGUGCAAGGUGCAAAAAUAUAUACAAUAGUCUCAUUGAUGACUGUAAAGUGAAUUAACAUUUGGUGAUAAUGCCUAAGCUGAUAUAAAGAUCAUAGCUCCCCUUCACUUCUGUCUUAACUUGAAAGUGGCGUGUUUAAAUUUUCUCAUAUACUUUACUUGAAUUAUUGCUGUUGUCAUGUUUUUUGCCUCUAAAUCCAUGUGAUGAUUGAUUGAGCAACAGCAUUUGCCUUUGGGUUUUGGGUUUUGUUCUUUUGGGGGUUUGUUUUUUGGAAGGCAGGGAUAAAAGAGAUGACUUCUGCCGUUUUUGCUUUAGAGUGGUUACCUUAGAAGUAUUUGGGUGGAGCAUGCUGAGUUUCACUUCUGCAAAGCUUUAGUUUUCUCUUACGCUUUAUAUGAAAUGGAUUCACUGGUAUGAGAAGAGAGGAAGAAGUCCCAGAUAGUAGCCACUCACCAAGACUCUUUUAUACAGCAGCAUGUUAGUGGUAGUUUCUGCUCCGGAGGCAGCAGUUCUAGAUCUUUCCUAAGCAAAUUGUAUUUGUUCAUUGCUUGCCAGAGAUGAACACGGAAAGUUUUGUUUCAUUUUGUAAGCGCUAUCCUUCUGAGUUUCUUUGAAGGGAAACAUUUCAUGUAACGUAGUUAUAGCAAACACUGGAAAGAUUUAUAAAAUUAUAUUCUUGUAUACUUUGUAAAUGAGUCUCACUAGGUUGUUUUUUUUUUCCUUAAGCAUAAGACUAAACUUAAAUUUGUUAAUUUUAAUAAAAUCAGGCACAGGAAGAACACAAAUUAUGUAAAUUAACAAAAAUUGUUCUUGUUCUAAUAUAUAUAUUUUUCCAUUUCUGUCAUGCUUGGAAAACUAGUAAAUGAUAUGUCUAAGAUAAAAUGGAAUGGUCCCUGGAUUUACUUCUUAUAAGAAGCAGUAGUAUACAAUAAAGUUGUUAGCUUGAACAGU